UCUCUCUUCUUUUGGGCACCUUCCUUUUGAUUUGGAGUGGCUGCUCUGCAACUUUGAGACUCACUGUCCUCGGCGCGGACAGGAUUGAACAGUGCAUGGAGUUUUAAACUGCAGCUUUUCAAAGUCUCCUGGUAACGGGAGACAGUUGAGUUGUCCCAUUGGGAGGAUCACCAGGAAUUCCCGGGGCAAUAUGCGGACUUUGGGAUUUUCAAAGCUUGCUACUCUUCGUCUUUGCAUGGCUGAGAUUUUGAUUUUUGCCGCGUUGCUCUGCAAAGUUGUACAGAACCGUGGGGUCACAGGUAUUGUGGAGACUGCACAGAAGUUUUCUUCACUUCCGGUAUAUCUACCAGUAAACUACCGAAUUCAAAAAGCUGAAAGUUCAUUUUUUCUAAAAGAAGCCAACCAGGAAAUCAUGCGCAACUCUAGUUUGCAGUUCCGCAUGGAACCCUUUUUCAUCCAUGAAGCCAAGACUCCUCCUGUGAUUAAUGUCAGUUACGGACCUUAUGCUGUGGAACAAGUCGUGCCCAGGGCUCUCCUGCAACCUUCUGAUCUGUUCAGCAUGGUUGAUAAGUUCACUUUCAACUGGAAAAUCAAAGCAAAUAUCAUUGAUGAUAAAGUUUAUUCCAAUCGGCCGAUAGUGCAGAUUUUAUUUUAUAUCACAGGCCGAGACUGGGAUGAUUACAGUGUUAAUGAUAAUCUUCCCUGCAUACGUGUAUAUGCAUUUCGGGAAACAAGGGAAGUCAGAAACAGUUGCCGUCUAAAAGGAGAUCUCGGAUUGUGCAUCGUAGAACUGGAACUUCUGCCCUCUUGGUUUAAUCCUCCCACUGUGGUACCUGGUCGCAAAAGGAUAACUGAUCACUCUGAGGGAACGCCAGUGGAACUUUAUUACUUGGUACAGGAUACUGACGAAGAUGGCGAUUGUGAUGCAGAAGACACACGAAAGGACAAUGCUAUCCGGCCAGGGCGUGAUGAUGUUGAUGAAACACUCCACUCUCUGCAACGUAUUGGCAGUGUCCGACUACACCAAGGAUCUGGGGACCCACAGCGAACAGAAAUGAGGCUGGACAAUAAUGUCAUCAUCUCAGUAUUACAAAGGCCUGUCAAGCAAGGCGAAGUUGUCACUUUUUAUGUGUCACUGGCUAGCAGCUCAACUGUGAAUCGGUUCACACUGCGGGCGAAAGCCAAAAAAGGUGUGAACAUUGUUGAUAUAAGACCCAGCAUUCCAACCUUGUGGGAAGUUAAACAGGAGAUGGGAAAUGGUGGGAAACACUCCGUUGCAACUGUUACUUGCCAGAGGAAACUCGAUGCUUCCAAUAACAGAAUUGAUGGGGUUUCUUAUGAAAUAAUGCAGAUGGACUUUGAAAUGGAUAACUUCAGCAGUCUGUCAGUCACUCGCCGAAUCAUGUGGCAGGUGGAAUAUCCCGGGAAGCCCUCACAGAUAGACCAGGACAAGGCUGUGUCAGAACUGCACAUUAGUCAGAGGGACAUCACCAAAAUUGUUCCUCUUGCCAUGAGCACCGAAAUCCUUAACACUGCAAUUCUAACUGGCAAAACAGUGGCAGUUCCUGUAAAAGUCAUUGUGGUGGAGGAAGACAGCACUGUAACAGAUGUGUCAGAGUUUGUGGCAUGUAAAUCAUCAGACCAAAAUGUGCUGAAGGUUUCUGACAGAUGUGACUAUGUCCUGGUGAAUGGAAAAGAGAUGCGGGGCAAAGUGAAUGCCAUCGUCAAUUUUACUUACGAGCAUUUGAGUGCGCCGCUGGAAAUCACUGUGUGGGUGCCUCGGCUUCCCCUUCAGAUUGAGGUCUCUGACACUGAGCUCAGUCAGAUCAAGGGAUGGCGAGUCCCCAUCGUCUCAAGUAAAAGGCCAACACGAGACAGUGAUGAUGAGGAUGAUGAUGAGAAGAAAGGGAGAGGAUGUACCCUGCAAUACCAGCGUGCCAUGGUGAGGGUCCUUACGCAGUUCGUAGCAGAAACCUUGGACCCAGGUGGGCAGCUGGCCUACAUGUUAGGGAAUGACUGGCAGGCCGACAUCACAGACCUGGUGACUGACUUUCUGAAAAUGGACAACCCGCGAAUUGCAAAGCUGGAGGGUGGGAGAAUCCUCAGCGGGCAAGAACUCGGAAUGGCUACGAUUCAGGUGCUGUCUCCACUUUCUGAUUCUAUCCUGGCUGAAAGAACAAUAACUGUCAUCGAGGAGAAGGUGACUGUUACGGACCUUGGAAUUCAAGUCGUGGCGGGACUUUCCCUUUCCUUCCAGCUGAGUGCCGGCAGCAACCGUGUCAUCACUGCAAUAGCGACAGCAAAGGAACAGCUUCACACCCCAAAGCAGGAAGCAAUAAUCAGUAGUUGGAUCCAGUUCAGUGACAACAGUCUGACUCCAUUGGAUAUUUAUGAUCCCAAGGACUAUACUCUCACUGUCACUUCAAGGGAAGAGGCCAUCAUCUCAACGUAUCAGGAUUUGCAGUUGCGAUGGCCAGUCGUCACGGUGGAGGGAGAAGGCCAAGGCAACCUGCUGAAAGUUGAAUUAGUAAUCUGUGAAGUCUGCCAGAAAUCCAAACGGAAAAGUAUCCUGGCAGUAGGAAAUAGCAACAUUGAGGUCAAAUUUGGUCAGAAUAACGUGGGUCCAAAGAGUGGCAGCGAUGACUACGGUGGGAAUGGAGAACUGGAGAACCGGGCAAGUGACCGGAGGCAAAAGAAUGUAGACCAGGAGCGGGCAGGGCAUAAUGGACGGUACUUCAGCAGUGCAACUGCAGAUCGGGAGGAGAGCUCAAUGAGGAAAGUGAGCACAACAACCAAAGCUUCAGUCAACAGGAACCAGGGCAGAACAGACCAGCUCUCAGAAGGUGGUAGCCAACUCCAAAACAUUCCGCUGGAUGCUGCCAAUUUCCCCUCACAUGACCUAACCAGGAUCUCUGGGGAUAGUGAAAGCUUGGAUGAAAAUGAUCUGGUGCAGGCCCCAAGAGGUCUGACAGACUUGGAGAUUGGAAUGUAUGCUCUAUUGGGUGUUUUUUGCCUGGCUAUUCUUGUCUUUUUAAUUAACUGUGUCAUGUUUGCUUUGAAGUACCGGCAUAAGCGAAUUCCCUCAGAGGCACAAGGAACCAUGAAUCAUUCCCAUGACUGGGUUUGGUUAGGUAAUGAGACAGAGCUGCUGGAGAACACUGCUGAUAUAUCCCCACAACAGCUCUGUGAACACACAACAGUAAUAGACAGGGUAGCAGGUUUUGAGGAGAGCAAUCAUCUGCUCAAUGGAGGAACCCAGAAGAACAUCCAAGGGCAGGUACACAGGUCUGCCCUCUCCAGUGAUGGAAAGGACCGCAAGGAUGAACCUUUGAAUUCCCCCACCACAAAACGGAAACGGGUAAAGUUUACAACAUUUACUACAAUCCCACCAGAUGAUGGAUGUCCUGCAACAAAUUCUGUUCUUCUGGGUAAUGAAGAAGAUAUUAAAUGGGUGUGCCAGGACAUGAGCUUGGGAGACUCGCAUGAACUGAGAAAUUACAUGGAGAGAAUACAUGACAAAGUGUAACUGUGUUAUCCAGUCUGUUUUCAUUCUUUGCUCACCUUUAUGCCUUCAGUUUUGAGUAAUUGUGCAGGAAAUCCAGUCAGGAAUGGGACCAGUUUGUGAGAAUUAAAUACUGGCAGCAAAGCACAGGACUACAACAGGUAUCAGACAAAUCAACAGUGAUGACCUGUAACGAAUAAUAUCCAUCAAAAUCAAAAUUCACGAGAAUUAGGAUGACAUUUGGAUAGACAAUGAAAAGAAGAGGCUAACAGUAAGGAUGUGUAUGAAUUCAGCAAAUGGAAACAUAAACACAAGUACAGAAGUGCUGACGGAAGGAAUAAAUGCCAGAUUCACUUGGAAUGGGAACUUUGGGAAGGGGCAGUGAACAGAAGACAGUGCACAAUAAACUGAAUAAACAUUAAAAAUGAGCACUCCUGUUCAGUGACACCUUCCACAACGGGAAGGACUAUGGAAGAAGCACUUCUGAUUGGAUGACACUAUGGCAGUAGUCCAUGGGAGCUGGCUCUUAACACUAAUGUCUUAAUGACCAGCUCCAAAUGUAAUCAUUUUAUAUGAUUUGUUAAUUUUGGACUUCAGUUGUA